AAUGUCACAUCAAAAUCAUCUUAACAUUUUUUCUAGCCCCAAUCUUGACGCAAAACUUUCGCUGAAAUAUGUUGCACUUUUAGAUCUACAAAUUCUCUCUGUUUUCUUACUCAUGCUUCUGUCUCAAACAUUCGUGUCUUUCACCGUUUCCGAAACCCGCAAUACGUGAAAUAAAUUACACAAAGGUUAUUCGUUAUCGAUUGCAUACCCAAGACUAAUUUUUUCAUCUUUAGCAUGUGAGUAACAAUGGGCUCGGCAAAUUUAUCACCAUCUUCUUCUGGCCAUAUUGAUAUGUCAAUCUCAGGGCUUCAUGAAAAGCACAAAAUGGAGCUAGAAAGUUUGACUCUAACCACACAACCUUUCAAAACAUUGAAAUACUUCACAUUGGCGGUUAUUCAAUACAUUAAGAAAACAAUGUUGUACUUAUUAGCAAAAGGGGGAUGGCUUCUGCUUUUCAGUGUUGUGGUAGGGACUCUCGGCAUAGUGCUGAUGACCCAGGGUUGCCUGCAUGAGAGGCAUCUUGAGGAGUUUCUUGAAUAUUUCCGCUUUGGACUAUGGUGGGUGGCCCUUGGGGUCGCAUCGUCAAUUGGUCUUGGAUCUGGUUUGCACACAUUUGUCCUAUAUUUGGGUCCUCACAUAGCACUAUUUACAAUAAAAGCAAUGCAAUGUGGCCGAGUUGAUUUGAAAAGUGCUCCAUAUGAUACAAUACAGUUAAAAAGAGGUCCUUCAUGGCUUGAUAAAAAUUGUUCUCAAUUUGGGCCGCCUGUAUUCCAGUCAGAGUAUGGUUCUCAGGUUCCACUUAGCAGCAUUUUGCCUCAAGUUCAGAUGGAGGCUGUUCUAUGGGGUUUGGGAACGGCUAUAGGGGAGCUUCCUCCUUACUUUAUCUCCAGGGCAGCGCGCCUGUCUGGGAGCAAAGUGGAUGGCAUGGAAGAGUUAGAUAGUGACAAUAAAGGACUCUUGAAUCAACUCAAGUGCUGGUUUUUUUCUCACACACAGCAUUUAAACUUCUUUACCAUUCUAGUGCUUGCUUCGGUUCCAAAUCCUCUAUUUGACCUUGCUGGCAUCAUGUGUGGACAAUUUGGCGUUCCAUUUUGGAGUUUUUUCCUCGCAACCUUGAUUGGAAAGGCAAUUAUUAAAACUCACAUACAGACGGUAUUCAUCAUCUCAGUUUGCAAUAAUCAACUUCUCGACUGGAUAGAGACUGAAUUUAUCCGAGUUCUCAGCCAUGUACCGGUUUUUGCAUCCGUUUUGCCUAAACUGGUUGCUAAUCUCCAUGCAAUGAAAGCUAAGUAUCUGAAAGCACCUCAACCAGUUUCUCCAAAUACACAGGGGAAAAAGUGGGAUUUCUCUUUUACUUCAAUCUGGAAUACUGUGGUAUGGCUCAUGCUCAUGAACUUCUUCAUCAAGAUAGUGAAUUCAACCGCGCAGACGCAUCUGAAGAAACAGCAAGAGAGCGAGGUAUGCACAUUAACCAAAAAGUCAGAUUCAGACACACAAUGAAAUGCGUUAUUAUUUUUGCGGUUCCUCUGGCAAGAUGAAACUUGAAGCUAUUCCUGAAGCCUCCAUGGAAGUUACUCCAAAAACUUGAAGAAGCUAUUGCUUCUAUAUAUACAGAGUUGGUAACAAAAAUUUCCAGUUUUAUUUUGAAAAGUGUAACUUGGGGGCAACCAUUGUUUGGAUAUUAGAUUUGUUAUUAUAGAUAUUAAUUUAAUCCCAUAAUACAUUUUGGAAUCAUGGAGAUUCCUACUAUUCUUUUGCAA